AUGAGCACGCCAUCAGCGCUCACCGUCAUCUACCCACCAUCCUUCCAAAACUCCUUCUGGACCUCUCCUUCCUAUCGCCCCGGAGCCCAGAGUCUCUACAGCAAACUCCAAGCAGGUCUCGACGAGAACCAAUCCAUCCUCGCCUUUGUUGCUCAUCGUGCCCAACUCGAAUACAGCCAUGCGGAAGCACUCGCAACUCCCAACCCUACCCCUUCUUUCCCUGCUCCUCUCUUCAAGCAAGCUGCUGCCAUUCUCUCUGAAGUGCUCCCCAUCGAUGGUGUUGGCAGCAAUGGAGCGAGCGCUUCUCGUCGUUUUGCUGCCAAUGCUUCGGCCACCUGGCGCGCCUUUCGUAUGAUUCAGGAUGAAACCAACACCACUCAUGCCAACGCUCAUGGCAAGGUAGCUCGUCAUCUCGAGAAAUCCAUCCUCGAACCUUUCGGUAAAUGGGCAGCUGAUCAUAGGCGACGCGUGACUCAGAGCUGGCAACACGUCGACGCCACUCUCGCCCGUUUCGAACGUCAGAAGGGUGAGGUGGACAAGCUGGAGCUUAGCUACGAAAACAAGUGCAGAGCUGCUGAUGAAGCUGAGGAUGACGCUCGCUUUGCUCCCAUCGAUGAGGCGGACCUGCCCUCGCCGCAGCCGUCGCACGCUUCGCAUGGAACACUUCCACCACCCAACGCAGGCCAGCCACAGAGAAGGAGCGUCUCAGCAUCUGCAGAUUCGCCAUCGAACGACGACCAAACGGACCCAGACAAGAUCAAGCGUCGUGAAACCAUCCGCAAACAGUUUGGCUUCAGUCAUCGCGCCACCUCUGCCACUCACGCUCCUCCACUUCCCCUCAGCAAAGAAAGUAACGAGUUCGCUGGUGUCAAGCUCCCACCUCUCCCCACCGAGACUGAAGGUGAAGCUCUAAGCCCCAGUCCCGACUGCAACAUAUCCCUUAGCAACGCCACAAGCCUCAAGCGAUCCGCUACCAUCUCCGCCCUCGUCAGCUCAGCAGUCGACAAAAUGCCUGCCCCACUCAAAGCCGCCGUCGGAGGUGUCGUUUCCGGCGAACCCCGUCGCACCCGUCUCCGUCGCGAAGCAGACAAUGCGGAAAAAGUCUACGAAGAAGCUGUCCGCAACCUCGACCGCACCCGCUGUCAAGUCGAAGAAGUGCUAUUCGAACACUACGGCUUAACUCAACAAUGGGAACUUGACCGUAUCCGUGCUGUACAAUCCAUACUUGCCUCUUACAACCAAGCCGUUCAAGCAGAGAUUCCCAUUUUGCACCAAUCGUCUACGCGGGCAUUCAAGAUUCAUCAAGGCUUGGAUGCCUCGUUGCAAUUGAGGGCCUUGAUUAGGCAGGCAAGAACAGGACCUUUCCAUCCCACCGUUCAGAGGUUUCAGCCGUAUCAUCAUGACGAGAUCUCGUUGGGGAGGAAGGUGGGGCCGAAAGGCGUGGCACAUGGUUGGUUGAUUAAGAAUGGUGGAUUUGGAUUGGAUUUGUCCUUGGUGGACAGGUUCGAGUAUUUGGAGCGAUUGGAACGGCAGCAGACGGGAGUUGAGUCAACUGAAGCAGUCAAGGCGGAGGGGUUGGCUACUUUGCCUCCUGUGCUAGUGGCGUUGCUUGGUGCGCUGAACAGGGCUUAUGCUGAUGAUCAACGAUGGAAUGCGCUCGCUAAGGCUCUUGCUGCACCAAAGGUGCUUGAGGAAGGACAAGAGGAAAGCAUCUCAACCGGGGUAGACGCUGGUAUUGUAGCUCAAGAAAAGCGCAAAACAUGGAUCCUAGAAGUCCCACUUGCCAUCACACACCGUCUCCGAGACGCCCUAAUCGCUCAUCUCAACCCUUCCUCUGCCGAUCUUAUCUACGGUAACCCCACCAAAAGCAGCGAGAGCAGCGCAAACAACCCGAUCCCCGAGAAGCUGUUGGAUUCGUACGACCCACCCGUCCUCGCAGCUUGUGUCAAACUCUGGCUUCUCGAGCUCCAACAUAGCCUUAUUACAGAAGAGCUUUGGGAUCAGAUCGAUUCGAUCUACCAAGCUGCUGCAGGACAGGAACAUGAAGCGCUCGCCGCUUGCACUCCCACCGCUCCCGCUCCCGCCCCCGGCCCCGCCACGGAAGAAGGUGAGGAGGGAGAGAAGGAACAGCGGAAAAAGGCGGAAAUCGAUGAAGCAACCAAAGAAAAAAUCCGCAUUGGAGUUUUGCAAGAUCUUAGGGUGGUGCUUAACAAACUUGCACCUACGCACCUGGCCUGUCUUGAGGCUUUGUUCUCGCAUCUUCGCCAGCUGCUCCUCUCCACCAGUGAGGCAGCAGAAGGGGAUGCGGUCUAUGCGAACAAACUCGGUCUUGCAAUUGGAAGGGCACUCUUGAGGCCGAAGAGGGAGACUGGGUAUACAGUCACUUCGCAGAUUGGAACUUUGGUUGUGGUUGAUUUGUUGCUGCAUUUCGAGCAAGUCUUUCCGGAGGUAAUGGAGAAGAAAAGGAAUGAGACGAUGGAGAGGAUGAAUGCUAGUCCAAACCAGAAAUCCGGGUGGGCAGCGGGUGGAGGGGAAGGGGGAAGACCAAUGCCGACAAGGAAGAGAACUAAACCAGUGGAUCAGAGGAUUUCAAGAUCAAGUAUCGGAAGUGACUUGCAACAGGGAGCGAAGAAGUUAAUUGAGCAAAUGGAUCAAAGGGGGUCGCGCGUCUCUGUGGGAUCUACUCCUGCUGUGCCGAUUGUUCCGGCUGAGCAUAGCGAAAAGCCACAGCCACGGGCGAUUGAUACCCAGACCAACCUCGAUAGAGCAGCAGAGAAGAAGCAAGACGAUCUUGCCGCGCCUACACCUCUCAACGAACGAGUGCUCUUCUCAUCCACCCGACAUGCACAAAGUGGAAGCGGGGUAGAAGCAGAAACAGAUUCGAUUUCUAGCGAAAAAGGUGAAUCACAAACUCCCAUCCCGGAUCCCACCUCCGAUAGCCAAGCCUCCCAAGCACAGGCAGAGGCAGAGAAAGAGCGAGAGGGAGAGGGAGAGGGAGAGGGAGAAGAUAAGCCACUGUCCAACGUAGCUAGGCUUUCGAGGCAGUUCAACACCUCCCACCUUGGUUCCGGUGGUGCUAGUGCUGGUGAGAGUGGGCAUUCGAAACGGACAAGUAUGGGAGGAGCAGGUGGUGGGACUAGAGGACCCAGACCAGUAGGCGCUAGAACUGCUAGGAUGAGUGGUCAAUUCAGUUCUAGCUCCAACACUUCUUCGACUGCUGCCGUCGGGGAGGAAAAUGAUGAGACAAUUAGCAAGCAGGAUUGGAGACAAAGCUGGUCCCGAACUAUUGAACCUAGUGAUGCUUUGGUUGGUGAUGAUUGA